CCUCUGGAAGUAAGUCAACUCCAUUCUGAAAAAGAAGAGUGUCGCAAGAAGUGAAAGUGAUUUUGACCAGAGGUGGCUUGUCUCCACUUCUCCCCUCCUCUCCAGAAAAGGAUGGAGCAGCAAAGAGGAGGGUGUGCGCGUGUCUGGUGGAGGCGGGUAAAGAAAUGGGGUGUCUUUAAAGCAAUAGCUUAGCAAAUACUGGGACUAGAGUGCGGCUCGAGUCCACUUCCCAACAGUUUGGCGAGAGUCCGCCAGGUGAGUUGUAACCCCUGUUAGCAGGAAGAAUCUUUUCGCUUUCAUUGCCCUCCCUACCGCCCCCCAUAACACCUGAAGGGGAGGGUCUCAAAGGUCUUUUGAGCCCGGACUUGAUCCCCUCUCCUCACCACCGCUACCACCCCACGCCCAGCAGUCCCCAUCACCCGCCCUUUCUCCACCUCCAACCUUGACUCUGGGUACAAACAGGUCCUCGCACAACCUGACGAGAGAGGAGCUUCAUUGGUUAGAUCCAAAUCCCAGCGGAAGGGAGGGGCCCAGGAGGGAGGAGGCCGAGCACUGCUGUGGGCGGGAAGCCCACCUGGGGUCGGGGGCUGAGGAGCCGGAGGAGGGGCGAGAGACCCGGGUCCUCAUCCGCGGAGUUACGGUCGAAACAAACUUGGCGAGUCUUGCAGCGCAAGCGCGCGGAUGCUAACCCCAGAACCUUCAGCGCGCGGGCACGAAAGGGUGUGGAGCGGUAUACAUAGCUCUACAUACACAUUGAGCGCUGAGCGAGAAAGGAGGGGGCGAGGAAGGCAGGUUCCGCCUCCCCUGGCCCCGUGCACACACACGCCCACCGCGGCUCGGGCUGGCUGAGCGCGGGCGAGUGUGAGCGCGAGUGUGCGCACGCCGCGGGAGCCUCUCUGCCCUCUCCUCGCACCCUGCUCAGGGCAUCUGAAGAGCCUGGAAACGUGAACAGGCUUGAAGUAUGGCAUGUUGCAAAGAUGGUUUCUGCCAAGAAGGUACCCGCGAUCGCUCUGUCCGCCGGGGUCAGUUUCGCCCUCCUGCGCUUCCUGUGCCUGGCGGUUUGUUUAAACGAAUCCCCAGGACAGAACCAAAAGGAGGAGAAAUUGUGCACAGAAAAUUUCACCCGCAUCCUGGACAGUUUGCUCGAUGGUUAUGACAACAGGCUGCGUCCUGGAUUUGGGGGUCCUGUUACAGAAGUGAAAACUGACAUAUAUGUCACCAGCUUUGGACCUGUUUCUGAUGUUGAAAUGGAAUACACAAUGGAUGUGUUCUUCAGACAGACAUGGAUUGACAAAAGACUAAAGUAUGAUGGCCCCAUUGAAAUUUUGAGAUUGAACAAUAUGAUGGUAACAAAAGUAUGGACCCCUGAUACUUUCUUCAGGAAUGGAAAGAAAUCUGUCUCACAUAAUAUGACAGCUCCAAAUAAGCUUUUUAGAAUUAUGAGAAAUGGUACUAUUUUAUACACAAUGAGACUCACCAUAAGUGCGGAGUGUCCCAUGAGAUUGGUGGAUUUUCCCAUGGAUGGUCAUGCAUGCCCUUUGAAAUUCGGGAGUUAUGCCUAUCCAAAGAGUGAGAUGAUCUACACCUGGACAAAAGGUCCUGAGAAAUCAGUUGAAGUGCCGAAGGAGUCUUCCAGCUUAGUUCAAUAUGAUUUGAUUGGGCAAACCGUAUCAAGUGAAACCAUCAAAUCGAUUACGGGUGAAUAUAUUGUUAUGACGGUUUACUUCCACCUCAGACGGAAGAUGGGUUAUUUUAUGAUUCAGACCUAUAUUCCAUGCAUUAUGACAGUGAUUCUUUCUCAAGUUUCAUUCUGGAUAAAUAAAGAAUCAGUUCCCGCUAGGACUGUAUUUGGAAUAACAACUGUCCUCACCAUGACCACACUAAGCAUCAGUGCACGACAUUCUUUGCCCAAAGUGUCCUAUGCUACUGCCAUGGAUUGGUUCAUAGCUGUCUGCUUUGCUUUUGUAUUUUCGGCCCUUAUCGAGUUUGCUGCUGUCAACUAUUUCACCAAUAUCCAAAUGGAAAAAGCCAAAAGGAAGACAUCAAAGCCCCCUCAGGAAGUUCCCGCUGCUCCAGUGCAGAGAGAGAAGCAUCCUGAAGCUCCUCUGCAGAAUACAAAUGCCAAUUUGAACAUGAGAAAAAGAACAAAUGCUUCGGUUCACUCUGAAUCUGAUGUUGGCAACAGAACUGUGGUGGGAAACCAUUCAAGCAAAUCUUCCACAGUUGUUCAAGAAUCUUCUAAAGGCACACCUCGGUCUUACUUAGCUUCCAGUCCAAACCCAUUCAGCCGUGCAAAUGCAGCUGAAACCAUAUCUGCGGCAAGAGCACUUCCAUCUACUUCUCCUGCUUCUAGCCGAACUGGAUAUGUGUCUCGAAAGGCUUCAGUUGCAUCUGCUUCUACUCGUCACGUGUUUGGAUCAAGAUUGCAGAGGAUUAAGACCACAGUUAAUACCAUAGGGGCUGCUGGGAAGUUGUCAGCUACUCCUCCUCCAUCAGCUCCACCACCUUCUGGAUCUGGCACAAGUAAAAUUGACAAAUAUGCCCGUAUUCUCUUUCCAGUCACAUUUGGGGCAUUUAACAUGGUUUAUUGGGUUGUUUAUUUAUCUAAGGACACUAUGGAGAAAUCAGAAAGUCUAAUGUAAUUUUGUUGCUAUAGUAGUUUGCUAAAAGAUGAUGAAAAUGCAGAAUGUCUUUUUAAAUGUUUUUAAAUAUAAACAACUAUUCUUUAUUAAAAUAAAAAAAUCUAUGUAAUUUUUUCCAUUUAAAGAUAUAAGCCAGUUAUUGGGAGAGUUAAUUCCUCAGUGAAAAAGUGAACUAUGUUUUUAUUUUCCAGAAAAAUUAUUUUAAAAGAACUCAGCAUUCACUUAGAUAGAAUACACACCAUCCUGGAAAGUUGGGAUAAGAAAAAUAGAGCUAUUAGAGACAUGUGGCACAUAUUUUUUCAUUGAUAUUUGAAAACAGACUAUGACAUUUUAAAAAUCUACCCGAUGAAUAUCAACCUGCCACCCUAAAUUUCCCAGUGGCACUGCCCUUAACGAGAAUUGUUUAUUGGAUGUCAUGUGCAGUGACCUUUGGUGAUCUUCUUAGGAGCUUCAGGAAAAGAAAUUUUCCUGUUAAAUGAAACAUUGGCAAAAAAAAAAAAAAAAA